AAAAUGACUGUGGCUUUUCUGAAAACUGCAUACAGCUACUAUACAACUCUUUGGUUACAUUUACCUUACUACUGAAAUGGAAAACCCAAUGAUAAAAUACGUGACAGUUAAAAGGAUCGACUUAAAUGUUAAGUGCAGCUUAUAUCCACCUGUACUUUAUUGGCAUGUAACACCUAUAUAAUUUUAGGAAGGACUUAUUCAUCUUUUCUCAUGUCAUUUUUUUCUCGGUUUAUGUGGCAUUUGUGAAAAUGCUUACAGAAAUGCUGGUACUAAGAUAAGGGAUAAUUGAUGUUGUUUGUGAAAAUUACACUAAGAUCACAGAAUGGCAAAUAAUUAAAUUGCUUCUGUCCUUAAAGACAUACCUCUGCAUUCACGAAGCUCAUGACUUAAUGGGGAUCCAUUUGAGUCAAAAUUUUUGUAUUUUGAAUGGCUGCAGCUUCCAUUUCCUUUUCUUUUUUCUUCUCCUUCUACUCAUCCUCCUCUUCUUUCCCCUCGUCUUUGGACAGAUUUGCUUAAAUAUAGGACAGGAUGAAUGGAGCUAUGAAAAAGGAGGAACAAGAAUCUCAGCGGUCUUUUUACUUGAAUAUAUGAGGUUCCAAGGAUUACAUGGGAUUUACACCUUCCUUCCAAGUGCACAAUAGAGAACUAAGUGAAAGUUGAUGGUCAGGCCACUGAAAGGCAUGAUAUAUUUGAUCCAAGACAGUCCUUUUCAGUCCAGGAAUCUACAGUGGUGACAAGGACAUGGGACUCCUCCUGCCAGAUUCCAGAUGGUUCAAUACAAUUGACAUCCUGGCUGACAACUGUGAAAAAGAACCUUGGAUUAUUUUAUUUUAUUGUUGUGGGCCACCACAAUCCCAAAUCCAUAGGACACAUCAGGCCUCAAGUUCCCUGUAGAAUUCUAAAAUAACCUUUGCUAAUGAGGAUGUCUGAUACUGUUACUGUAAAAAAUGAAACUGAAACAAUGAAGGAUUUGGAGGCAGAAGUGAAAGAUGCAACCAGAGUUGAAAAUCUUAUCAAAUCAGAAAACUACGGGAAGAUUUUGGCAGAGAAGAAUGAACGUUGUAUUGACAACAAUAUUGAUUUGCAGUCAAGCUCAAAGUUAAAGCUAGUUCGGAGCCUUGCAGUGUGUGAAGAAUCUCCACCACCCCCUACAGCAGAGAUAUCACAGGAGAACCAGGAGAAAAUUCAGAUCCAGUUAACACAAUCAUUUGAAAAAGAAGAGAAGCCCUCAAAAGAUGAAGCAGAAAAAGAAAAAGCCGGUGACAAGUUGCCCAGAAAAAUGUUAUCAAGAGAUUCCAGUCAAGAAUACACUGAUUCAACUGGCAUAGAUCUACAUGAAUUUUUAGUAAAUACAUUAAAAAACAAUCCCAGGGACAGAAUGAUGCUGUUGAAAUUGGAACAAGAAAUUUUAGAUUUCAUUGGUAAUAAUGAGUCUCCACGUAAAAAAUUCCCCCCAAUGACAUCUUACCAUAGAAUGCUAUUACACAGAGUAGCUGCUUACUUUGGAUUAGACCACAAUGUUGAUCAGAGUGGGAAGUCUGUCAUAGUAAACAAAACUAGCAAUACAAGAAUACCUGAUCAGAAAUUUAAUGAACAUAUUAAGGAUGAUAAAGGUGAAGACUUUCAGAAACGAUAUAUCCUCAAGAGGGAUAACUCUAGCUUUGACAAAGAUGAUAACCAGAUGAGAAUACGUUUGAAAGAUGACAGAAGAAGCAAAUCCAUAGAAGAAAGAGAAGAAGAGUACCAGAAAGCUAGAGACCGAAUAUUUUCCCAAGAUUCCCUGUGUUCCCAAGAGAAUUAUGUUAUUGACAAAAGACUCCAAGACGAGGAUGCUAGUAGUACCCAGCAGAGGCGCCAGAUAUUUAGAGUUAAUAAAGAUACUUCUGGGAGAUCAGCAAAUAGCCAUCAAAGCAGCACUGAGAAUGAGCUGAAGUACUCUGAACCACGACCCUGGAGCAGCACAGAUUCAGAUAGCUCUCUCCGAAACGUCAAGCCUGCUGUAACCAAAGCCAGCAGCUUCAGUGGAAUUUCGGUCUUGACAAGAGGUGAUAGUUCUGGAAGCAGCAAAAGCAUAGGCAGGCUUUCAAAAACAGGUUCUGAGUCUUCUGGUAGUGUAGGGUCAUCUACGGGCUCUCUUUCUCACAUCCAGCAGCCUCUUCCAGGUACAGCUCUCAGCCAGUCUUCUCAUGGCGCACCUGUCGUCUAUCCAACUGUCAGCACUCAUAGUUCUCUUUCCUUUGAUGGUGGCCUAAAUGGGCAAGUCGCGUCUCCUAGCACUAGCUUCUUUUUGCUUCCCUUGGAAGCGGCAGGCAUACCACCUGGCAGUAUUCUGAUCAACCCACAAACAGGUCAGCCCUUCAUAAACCCAGAUGGGAGUCCAGUUGUGUAUAAUCCUCCUAUGACUCAACAACCAGUUAGAACCCAAGUGCCUGGACCUCCACAGCCACCUCUGCCACCCCCACCACCUCAACAACAAGCAGCUAAUCACAUUUUCUCACAGCAGGACAACCUUGGGUCUCAGUUUAGCCACAUGAGUCUUGCCCGCCAGCCAUCUGCGGAUGGCUCUGACCCUCAUGCCACCAUGUUCCAGUCCACUGUUGUUCUUCAGUCCCCACAGCAGUCUGGUUAUAUCGUGACAGCAGCCCCUCCACCACCACCACCACCUCCGCCUCCUCCUCCCCUACCUCCAGGGCAGCCAGUCCCUACUGCUGGCUAUUCUGCCUCUGGUCAUCCUAUCAGCCAGCCUGUGCUCCAGCAGCAGGGAUAUAUUCAACAGCCCUCACCACAGAUGACAGCCUGUUACUGUGCUCCAGGCCACUAUCACUCCAGUCAACCUCAGUAUCGCCCAGUCCCUUCUGUCCAUUACAGUUCGCAUCUAAACCAACCACUGCCACAGCCUGCACAGCAGACAGGUUAUCAAGUUAUGCCCAACCAGCAGCAAAACUACCAAGGAAUAGUUGGAGUCCAGCAACCCCCAAGUCAGAGCCUAGUUGGUAGCCAACCCAACAGCAUUGGAAAUCAGAUUCAAGGAGUAGUCAUUCCCUAUCCUUCAGUGCCAUCAUACCAGGUUUCACUGCCUCAAGGUUCUCAAGGAAUUGCCCAUCAGACUUAUCAACAGCCUGUUAUAUUCCCUAAUCAGUCUAAUCAAGGAUCUCUGCCCACAACAGGAAUGCCAGUUUAUUAUAGUGUCAUUCCGCCUGGCCAACAAAAUAAUUUAAGCUCAUCAGUAGGGUACUUGCAACAUCCGGGAUCAGACCAAGUACAGUUUCCUCGAACUACUUCACCAUGCAAUUCUCAGCAGCUUCAAAGCCACCAGUGUGCAGCUGUGCCACCUCUGCCACCUGGUGGAGGAAUGGUGAUGAUGCAGCUCAAUGUACCAAACAAUCCGCAAUCUCGUGCUCACUCACCCCCCCAGUGGAAACAAAACAAAUAUUACUGUGAUCACCAGAGAGGACAGAAGUGUGUGGAAUUUAGCAACAUAGACAAUAUUGUUCAGCACAGCCCUCAACUCAGUAGUCCCAUUGUUUCACCAGCUCAGUCGCCAGCACCAGCUCAGCUGUCCACUCUGAAAACUGUCCGUCCCUCUGGACCACCACUUUCCAUCAUACCUCAGUUUUCUAGACCUUUUGUCCCCGGGCAAGGAGAUGCCAGAUAUCCAUUACUUGGCCAGCCACUGCAGUACAACCCUCCUGCUGUUCUGCAUGGACAUAUUCCAACCCAACAGGGUCAGUCUGGCAGCAGGCAUGGAAACCGAGGAAGAAAACAAGCUAAAAAAGCUGCGUCCACUGACCUUGGUGCAGGAGAAGCAGUUGUUGGGAAGGUCUUGGAAAUUACUGAACUGCCAGAUGGAAUAACUCGCAUGGAAGCCGAGAAGCUUUUUGGGGAACUCUUUAAAAUUGGCGCCAAGAUUCGGUGGCUCCGGGACCCCCAGUCCCAGCCCCAGCUGCGCCGUCACCCCCUCUGCUGUGGCAGUGGGGACAACACUGUCAACCCUGAACGCUCUAAACCCAGUGACUUGGCCUCCACAUACACGGUCUUAGCCACAUUCCCCUCCAUUUCAGCUGCGCAGAGUGCACUGAAGAAACAAAUUAACUCGGUUAACAAGUUUAAGCUGAGAACAAGCAAGAAGCACUAUGACUUUCACAUUUUGGAAAGGGCAAGUUCUCAGUAACAGAGCCACCUUGGACCAUUGGCCUUUAUGAUUCCCCUGUCCUCUCCCAUCUUUAAUUGGCUUGGUAUUUGGAGUUUCUGUUAACAUGAUAGAGACUCCUAGGACAUGUGGUCAUGGCGUUACAGCUUUUGAAGACAGGCCAGUGAUCCAGCAAAGGGGAGGAAAAUACACAUUUCACCCCACAUGACUGUAGGAACCCAUAUUGGAAUGAUACAGAGUUAGCAGCUUUUUCUGAGGAAAUGCUGUUCAAAGGCCUCCUAACUUUUAUAGUUAUUUUGUUUUAUAUUUCUGAAUUCUUGUAUCAGAUCCAAAGCUCUAUUGUACAGCAAAUUAUUCUUCAAAAUGAUUACAACCAGUUGCAACCUGUAUUUCUUUUUUGCAGCCAGCACAAUGUGACCCAACAUAGAAUUUUGGGCAAAAGGAAUGCAGGAGUGGAAUAAUCAUCAAAACCAUGUGCUGUCUUUUUGGGGGGCAGACUAAGGAGAACCCACAAUUAGAAGAUUACUCUUCCCCUAUACCUCCAAACACAAACAAUUUCCAGAAAAUACAGAACUCCCUCAUAGGGUCCUUUCCUUAUUCAUUUAGGUAGUAUGAACAUUAAGUGUAAAGUAAAUUAUGUUCUUAACACCUCUUAAUCGAACCACUUAGAUUCAAAGGGGAAUAGGAAUCAUUCUAGGCAGGAAAAUACUUCCACUUUUUUUUUUUUUUUUUUAAGUGUCCCUCCAAUAACUAAAUGCCACUUAGUUGCAUUCCCCUCCUUGUGGAUUUUUUGUCACCCAGGGAAAUGCAUUUGAUGAGUGCUGGAAACUUCUUAAGUGGUUUCAAAUUUGUUUUCAUUGUUUGCAGCGGAUCACUGGACAUCAAAGAUUCAAUGCACUUAUGAACAAGGAACCUUUUUUUUUCAAUUUCUGUGUAAUUUGCAAGGCUGUACAAUGUGUGCUGAUGCAAGCCUUUUUUCAGUUCAAGAGAAUAAAUGUUUACAAAUAUAGA